UAUUUGCAUACGGAAAUGAGAUCCGGCAAUAUUCCGGCUGUCAGAUUUUGUUGUCUCGACACUAGCGCCCCUGUUGGAAUUCUCAGCAAGUUCAUGCGCAGCAGCACGUGUGUCCGGAAAGCAGAAACCAAUAAAAUGGGAUCACACAAUUCACCCAAUCGUCCACCACCCCGAGAAGACAACUUCGAUGAGGAGUUAUUUGAGGACAAUGGAAUGGAUGGUCAUAACUUUGACAGGGAUGAUGAUUUCCCUGACGAAUUUGUCCAUGUCGAAGAGAUUUUGGAUGAUGAUGAUGCCGAGAGGAUGGACAAUGACAUGGAAUCCGAUGAAGAAGGUGCAGCCGGGAGUGAGAGUCAGGAUAAUGAAGAAACAGAGCCAAUUCGUGAUGAUGCAGUGUUGACAUUCAAAGAACAUUCCGGACCUGUAUUUUGUGGCAGUUUCCAUCCCACAGAACCUCUGGCAGUGACUGGAAGUGAGGAUGAUACUGCAUACGUGUGGAAAACUUCCACUGGGGAGGUUGUAUUCAAAUCCGACGGACACAGUGACACAAUUAUAGCUGCAUCAUUCAGCUACGAUGGAAGUUACCUGGCCACAGGCGAUUUGGGUGGCUUCCUGCAAGUUUUCCGCCUAUCUGAGGCCUUCAAGAGGGUGUGGCACUUCAAUAUUGGUGACAUGACAUGGAUGGAGUGGCACAGAGCAUCAAAUGUCCUGAUGGCUGGGUCAGAAAGUGGUGAAGUGUACUUUUGGCGCAUUCCUUCAGGCGACUGCAAAGUUCUCCAGGGACACAAUUCUAAAGCUGAAUGUGCCAGUCUCACGGCAGAUGCCAAGAAAAUUGCCGUAGGAUACGCCGAUGGGAGUGUUACCCUCUGGGACAUUAAAACUACGACGUCCGUCCUCGGAAUUCCUCCAAAUUCUCCACACGGCCAUACAGAAGGAGUUUUGUCAGUUUCAACGGAUCCCGAGGGCAGUCUCUUUGUCUCAGGUGGAUCCGAUGGACUGCUCGUAAUCUCCUCCAGUGCUGGACCUCUUGGGAGAAUCGAUGUCAGAGAUCCCGUGGAGACUGUGGCUUUUUCUCCAGCCACAGAUGCCCUAAAACUCGUUGCCACGGGGACUCUUCAGGGAAAAAUCACCAUCUGGGACAUCUCCCGGCAGAGUCCACGAUGUGAGUGCAAAGACGACGAACUAUCAGGCGUCACAAAGGUACUCUGGACACGGGAUUUGACCCUUCUUGCUGCCACUCUCGAUGGAUCAGUAAAAGUUUUCGAAGGAAGAACUGGCCAACUAAAAAGUACACUCCUGGGUCACCGGAGAGAAAUCUAUGACAUCCAGAUGCACAAAAAUGGGGAACUUCUGCUUACAACCAGCGAAGAUGGGACUGCAAAAAUUUUUCAUCUUCUUUCCUAGCUCCUGGACAAUUUUCCAGGGCCUCCUGUGACUUUAGCUUUUGUACAGAAACUCCGAUAUAUUCUCUUGAUACCAUAAAAGCCUCUUGAAUUGAUAAAAA